GGUGGUAUGUAUCAAACUGAGGGAGAUUUGAUAAAGGCUAACGAGUCAUACAACCUAGCGCUUAAAAUUGCUCAAGGGGUCGAAGACAAAUACUUGGAGGCAAUGACCUACUGUUCAUUAGGAUGCGUUUCUGAGUUGCAGGGUGGACUGCCAAAAGCCGUUGAACAUUACCAAGCUAGCAUAAACUUAUUCAAUUCCUUGAGAGUACUUCUAAAAUCUAAAGAUGAGUGGAAAGUUAAUUUUCGAACUCAGUAUCAAAUGGCGUAUACGGGUUUGUGCAGAGUUCUCCUAGAACAAGGUAAUAUAGAUGAAGCCUUAUUUGUUGCUGAGAAAGGACGAGCUCAAGCUCUGUCCGACCUUAUGGAAUCUAGUUUUUGUGGUGGAACAAGUCAGCACAAGACAGGCGAUGAAGAUUUAGCAGUCACUGCUAAGUCUUCAUCGAUUUGGAUGAAACGUUUUUUAAAAGUUUUAAAAAACGUUCCAUCAAACACCGUCUUUCAGGCAGUGGACAGAGCUGAUGUCAAUCUUUGGGUUGUGUCCGAAGGAAAACAAGUUCAGUUAAGACAAAGUAAACUCAAAGGUUUUGUUUCAGAGAAUAGUGGAGCUAGCCAGUCCUUUGAGUCGUUCAUGCUCGGUGUCUAUACACAACUUGGUGUUCGUUCUAUUGUGAGAUGCGAGAAUCGGUCUUUGGAUGCUUUGAGGGAGAGCCCUUCAAAAGUGGAUGAGAAACCUAAAGAAGACACCCUUCAACCUGCCAUCCAACAAAACAAAUGCUUGAGCACUUUGUAUGAUAUCGUCAUGAAGCCGGUGGCUGACCUGGUUCAAGGGGAUGAGCUAGUCAUUAUUCCCGAUGGACCCCUGUGGCUUGCUCCUUACGCUGCAUUGAAGGAUGGUAAUUCUAAAUACCUGUGUGAAUCUUUCAGAAUCCGAAUCGCUCCAUCAUUAACGAGUCUUAGACUCAUUGCCGAUUGCCCAGAUGAUUAUCAUAAAAGCAGUGGUGCGUUACUUGUAGGAGAUCCGUGGGUAGCCGAGGUUACCAACAGCAAGGGAGAGAAACUCCUCGAGCAGCUUCCGUAUGCUAAAGAAGAAGUAGAAAUGAUCGGAAAAAUUCUGAAUAUCACGCCAAUCACUGGCAGACAAGCCACGAAACGUGAGGUGUUGAAAAGACUCAGUUCCGUUUCCUUAGUUCACUUUGCGGCACACGGAUGUAUGGAAACUGGCGAAAUUGCUCUUACACCUGACCCAGACCGAACAUCUACUGUGCCUACCAGGAAGGAGGAUUACAUUUUAACGAUUCGAGAUGUGUCAAAUGUUCAACUUCGCGCUAAACUAGUUGUACUUAGUUGCUGCCACAGCGGUCGAGGCGAGAUCAAGGCUGAAGGUGUGGUUGGCAUUGCGCGCGCUUUUAUGGGGGCUGGUGCUCGGUCUGUUGUGGUGUCCUUGUGGGCGAUUGAUGACAAGGCUACUCUUGAGUUCAUGAAAUGCUUUUAUCGACACCUUGCCGAAAGUGAACCUGCAAGCGAGUCACUGAACCUGGCCAUGAGAAGCCUUAGAGAAUCAGACCAGUUCCGCGACAUCAAACACUGGGCUCCCUUUUUGCUGAUUGGAGAUGACGUCACUUUUGACUUCAUGGCAAAGGAAAGAGAAAAUUUGAAUACAGAAUUAAAUAAAUGAAAACUUGUUUUUUUUUUCAUCUCAAAAAGAAUGACGCAUGAACUUAGAGGGGUUAAAUGUUUCUCUAUUUUGGCUAUUUUUCAUUACUUUCUACUUUUUGUUGAAUGGAACUCGAGAUGUGUAACUUUACUUUGGUGAAGAAAUAAAAUCAGACUAUUUUAUUACAUUUUGGUCAAUGGAAUCGUCUUUUUUUCUUACCUUUACAAAUUUAAAUGCUUGCGAAGAGAACGAAAUGUAACAAGGCUUUUGUUAUGAAUGCCUACAAUAGUUGAACGCGAAUACGAGAUUUUCGUUUUCGUCAAAAUGACACUCAGCGCUAU